AUGUUUUACGCUGAUGCUGUAGCUGGCUACACUAAUCCUGAAGUUUAUGGACAACAAAGAUACGGUAAUGGUACAGCUUGUCCAACUAACGUUCCUAGUGUUUACGGUACCCGCCCACCUCUUCAAUAUGGUAUUAAUGCACCUACCCCAAUACAACCUCUACCUGGCAUGAACUAUGCGCCCGGCAAUGGUAAGCCAUUACUACCGCCACCGGAAUCGAAUGGCGCAUGCGGUUACGGUAACCCAAUAUUACCUCCACCUGGAUUGAACGGUCCAUCAAGUCACGGUAACCCAUUUCUAACUCGACCUGCAUUGAACUGUGAACAUUGCUACGGUAAGCCACUACAACCACCUCCUGGAUUUAAUGAUCAAGCGCGUUACGGUAAUCCAGUACUCGUUCCAUCAAGAAUCAACGUUCCUCAUGGCUACGACAGUCGUAUUCCACCAAAUCAUUUCCCCGAACCUAAUGGUAUGUCGACUAACGGAUGCGGCUUUGAAAACAAAUGUAGAGUUGGCUUGGAAAACGACCGCUUUAAUCUACUGUUUGGAGACGAAUCCCACUUUCAAGCAUUAUGCAAGAAAGAUCGCUACAAAUUGUACCAGAACCAGGUGGAAUUAAUCAAAUGUGUCUACAAAAAAGCCCAGUCCAGUUUAAAAGGUGGUGCAUAUAAAACUCUACCAGACCACGUAUUUCAUGAAAUUUUUUUCAAUUUGAAAAUGAUUUCCCGAGAAGGCAAACUUGACGACUACAUUGUGAAAGAUAUGCAGAAAUUUCUAGAGCAAAAUCACAAUGAAUUAUUUAGUAUUCUCGAAUUCUGCAAAGUGCUACAGUUCUACACUGACCGACGCUGGCUUAGAGACGAAGCGGACGACUCUGAUGACAUUGUUUCUGAAGCUGACGACUCUAAUGACCUUGUUUAUGCAACUAACAUCCCUGAUAACAAUGCUUCUAAUGUAACUCAACAAGAUGAAUCAACCUUUGCAAUAGGCGGUCGAGACCAUCGACUCGACAAUAAAGUGUUUAAAUGGGCAGUAGAAAUUGAAGACGAGUGCAAACCCGAACACUUGGAGGUAUACAAAAGCCAAGUAAAAAUCCUGCUACGUUUCUACAAAGCCGGUAGAAUAGGUCUAGUGGGACAAAUACCAGAUGAAGUGCUGUACGUCUUGGACAUGAUUACGGGAUUAGCUAUGGAGCAUGCCAAAGACGGCAAAUUUGAAAACUAUGUGGUAAAAGCCUUGCAGAGGGUUUUGGAUGACAGAAAUGAUACCAAGAUUUUGGAAGCUUUCUUUACAUUGUAUGCGUACUGUAUUCUUAAAGACCCAGAAGAAGAUCAGGAGUCAAAUAACGAAUUUGAAGAAACUGCGCCAUAUAAUAAAGAAGCUGCACAAUGUCAGCAAGAAACUGCACAACGCCAUCAAGGAGCUGCACCAUCUUCUGAAACAAACCAAAAUACAGAAGGACUAGCUUCUGCUCUUAACUGUCAACAACAUACUUCUGAAUCCGAGCGUCUGCAACGUUUUACUCAACAAUUCCACGAAGCUGCCGAGUCUGCUACAAAACUAAUGUGUGAAGAUUCCGAAGACUUAUCUGAAGAUUCUGAAGAGUUAUUGAAAGAUCCUCAAGGCUCAUCUGAAGAUUCUGAAGACUCAUCUGAAGAAUGUGAUGGUUUAUCUGAAGGUUCAUCUGAAGAUACUGAUGAUUUAGCUGAAGCUUCUGAAGAUUUAUUUAAAGAUUGUGAAACUUUAUCUAAAGACCCCGAAGCACUAUCAUUUGAGUGUUCUGAAGAGUGCGAAGGCGAGUUUGUUAAUCAUCAUAGCCAACAAGAAUUCAAUGGCUCGUCCGGAUUCUCGAUAGUACAUGAUUCUCAACUUUGUGAUCCAACACAGCGUUGGAUCACACGGUGUUUGUUGAAAGCUCAACAAACAGCGAAAGCUUCGCAAAAAAAUUGUGAAGUACAACAAGAACCAAGUGAAGGGCAAGAUUCAGCUACAAGAGAUUCAGAAUCAUUAAAAGAAGAAGUGACGAAAAAGCUUUCUACUCUCAAACUUAUCAUGGAAGAUAUCAACGGGUUGAGGGAUGAAGCUAUAGAGAUUAAGGAAGAGGUGCUGAACAUUGUUAAGGGACUGAGUGAACAAGGUAAGGUUUUCUUAUCAGUUUGCAACUUGAAAAAAUAUAAUUUUUAACUUCCCCUCCGCUUUUUUUAAUAAUAAUCUAUUUUUAACCGCCCCCCAGCUCUCUUUUUUAAGAAAAACAUCUUUACUACCCCCUCCCUUUUUUUAAAAAAACUAUUUUUUAACACCCCCUCUUUUUUUAAGAAAUUUUUUUUAACUUCUCCCCUCCCCCUUUUUUUAAGUAACAUAUUUUUAACCAAAUUUAUUUUCAGAUUAG